AUGAAGCUCAACGUGCUGUCCAUCGCUCUUGCCGCAUCGAGCGUCGUGGCCCGCUCGCUUGAGGCCCGGUCCGUCAAGCCGCAGCCUGAAGACGGAUCCGGAAAGGGCGCCCCGAUACUCGGUGGCACCAACGCCGCUCUCGACGCCCAAAACCCGGACAACCUCGGCGAGCUGCCCACCAGUGACGCCGGCACCGUGCCCAACCUCAAGUGGAGCUUCUCCGACUCCAAGACUAAGCUGUUCAAGGGCGGCUGGACGCGCGAGACCGUCGUCACCGACCUGCCCUCGAGCAACACCGUCGCCGCCGCCCAGCAGCACCUGACCAAGGGCUCGCUGCGUGAGUUGCACUGGCACCGCGUUGCCGAGUGGGGCAUCGUCUAUGCCGGCGCCAUCCUCCUCUCCGCGGUCGACGAGAAUGGCCAGUACCAGGUCGAGCGCCUCGAGUACGGCGACAUCUGGUACUUCCCCAAAGGCGUCGCCCACACCGUCCAGGGCCUCGAGGACCAGAACGAGUACCUGCUCGUCUUUGACGACGCCGACUUUGACAAGGUCGGCACCACCUUCAUGGUCGACGACUGGGUCGCACACACGCCCAAGAGCAUCCUGGCCAAGAACUUUGGCGUCAACGAGUCCGUCUUCGCCAACGUGCCGACCACCGACCCGUACAUUAUCAACGCCACUGUUUCGGCGGCCAAUGACUCCGUCGCCAACCCGCCCUCGCUCGGCAGCAACGUCAACGCGUCCACCACAUACGUGUACCGCACGUACCAGCACGAGCCUGACUCCACCCCCGGCGGCGGCGGCUCGCUGUACAAGGUCGACUCAACCAAGUUUCCCAUUGCCAAGACCAUUGUUGCCGCCAUCGUGACCCUCAAGCCGGGCGGUUUGCGCGAGAUGCACUGGCACCCGAAUGCCCAAGAAUGGCUGUACUUCCACAACGGCACCGCCAGGGCCACCGUCUUCAUUGGCGGCGGCAAUGCCCGCACGUUCGACUUUGGGCCUGGUGACACCGCUGCUUUCCCGGACAACUCGGGCCACUAUAUUGAGAACACUUCCGAGACCGAUGACCUCGUUUGGAUCGAGAUCUACAAGUCGGACCGCGUCGCCGACAUUUCGCUGACCCAGUGGCUGGCCCUGACCCCCGCCGACAUCGUUUCCCAGACCCUCAAAGUGCCUCUGAGUUUCGUCAACCAGCUCAAGAAGGAGAAGCAGGUCCUUCUGCCGUAG